AUGAAUACCCUCUAAUAAAAAUAAACCCAAAAAAAUUAAGAAACUAUAUGCAAAAUUGACAAUUUAGAACUUAUUGCAGUUGAUUUGGACUUAUCAGAUAAAGCACAGAUUUAAUUCUAUUUUUGUUAAUGCUUAUUUGAAAAAAUGAAAAAUAAUAAAGUGACAACUAUAGAAUAAUCUAAGAAAAGAAUCUAAAGCUUAAUAAUUAGACAUUAAAACUAAAGAGAAUUAAGCUAGGCUCAAUUAUUAUAAGAAUAUUUUAGAUUAAAUUAUGGAUUUCAAAUAAUCUAUAAAUGA